AUGCGGAUCUCGCUGUCGACGGCGGCAGUUCCGGCGGCGAUUAUCACGGUUGGAGCAAUCUUCUUCAUCUUCUUCCCGGAAACCCCAAGCAGUUUAAUUCAACGCACAAACGACAACGACAGGGCACGAAGGCCGCUCCAGAGAGUCAGGGGAACUUCAGAGGUCCAAUCCGAGCUUUCGGAUCUAAUUGAAGCGAGUCAGAUCUCGAAUUCGAUCCAUAACUCGUUUACAAAGAUUCUGCAAACCAAUUACCGGUCUCAGCUGGUGAUGGCGGUCAUGAUUUUAUUCUUCCACCAGGUCAACUUAAUCAACUUCAUCGCCUCUAAGCUCCGCUGCUCUUCCGGACGAUCGGGAUCGGGGAGAGCGCUUCUCUCAUGUUGGCGAUCCUCACCGGCGCCGCCGGGAUCAAGACGACCUUCCUAUCAAUGGUGA